AUGAAGAUCUUUGUGAAGACCCUGGCCGGCAAGACGAUGAGCGUCAUGGUCGAUCCAUCAGACACCAUCAACGUUGUCAAGGCGAAGAUCCAGGACCAGGAGCGCCUUCUCUUCGGCGGGAAGGAGCUGGACGAUAGGUGCACUCUGGCCGAUUACGGCAUUCAGGACGAGUCCAGUCUUGACCUCGAUCUGCGCCGCCCCAAGAGAAGGAAGAUGCAGAUCUUCGUCAAGGGGCUGACCGGCAAGACCAGGACCCUUCGUGUCGAGGAACUGGACACCGUCGAGAGCGUCAAGGCGAUGAUCGAGGAGGUCGAGGGCGCCCCCGUGAGCGAGCAGAGGCUUCUUUUUGGUGGGGGUCAGAUGGAGGACGGACGUACCUUGAAGGACUAUCGCAUCACUAAGGAGUCGACGAUUCACCUCUGUCUUCGCCUCCGGUCGUGCAUGAAGAUCUUUGUGAAGACCCUGGCCGGCAAGACGAUGAGCGUCAUGGUCGAUCCAUCAGACACCAUCAACGUUGUCAAGGCGAAGAUCCAGGACCAGGAGCGCCUUCUCUUCGGCGGGAAGGAGCUGGACGAUAGGUGCACUCUGGCCGAUUACGGCAUUCAGGACGAGUCCAGUCUUGACCUCGAUCUGCGCCGCCCCAAGAGAAGGAAGAUGCAGAUCUUCGUCAAGGGGCUGACCGGCAAGACCAGGACCCUUCGUGUCGAGGAACUGGACACCGUCGAGAGCGUCAAGGCGAUGAUCGAGGAGGUCGAGGGCGCCCCCGUGAGCGAGCAGAGGCUUCUUUUUGGCGGGGGUCAGAUGGAGGACGGACGUACCUUGAAGGACUAUCGCAUCACUAAGGAGUCGACGAUUCACCUCUGUCUUCGCCUCCGAUACGGUCAAAUUCGUUUAACAAAACAUGUCUUUAAAAACAAUGUAAACCUAAUAUGA